AUGCUGGUCAGCCCUCAACCUGAUACUUCGCAAAACGACACGGUCGAUGGCAUGGUCGUGAUCACGUUCGCGGACGAUGAAACCGCUGCUUGUUUUGGCCCAUCUUCGAAUUCGGCUUUUUUCUCCACCAUCAAUGAUGCUGUGGAUCAGAUGCGCAAUGUCCCUACCCGGCAUCAUGGCGACACUUUAUGCGAGCGACAAGACUCGACACAUUUCUCACGGCCGGUUUCACCAAACCCCUCGUCUCGAAGGAAUCAACCCUUAAGCUUGGCUGUCGAUGAUGUUAACUGCUUUAUACUGCCCAAAAAGGAAACGAUAAUUGAGUUGCUAGACCGUUUCUUCACCGGAUUUGGCAUGCUCUUCCCUUACAUCUACAAGAAGACUUUCCUCGACGGCAUUGCCGAUAUGGAAAGCGCAUCCUUCCGCGGCGUGCGAAGGCCCUGGCUCUGUCUGCUAAACACGAUUAUGGCUUUCGCGACUAGCGGAGCUGUAUACCCACACCGCGGUCAGAAUCAAACAGAUGCAGAAAUCUAUUUGCAGCGGGCCCUGAAAGUUUUGCAAGACAUAUCUCUUCAGAGCGCCAACCUUGAAGCCGUUCAAGCUUUGCUCUUGAUUCUUCAGUACCUGCAAGGGACACAGCAGUCGGCUCGGACCUGGACCCUACAAGGGCUCACCGUCCAUGCUGCGUUUCAAAUUGGCCUGCACUCACCAGCCGAGAAUGCAAAGUACGGUCCUUUGGAACGAGAAAUUCGAAAGCGGUGUUGGCACAUGUGUUGCAUCAUGGAUAGGACAUGCAGCAUGACUUUUGGAAGACCACAGAGUAUCAGGCAGGAUUAUCAACUUGAAGAACUUCCUCAGGAUGUUGACUUUGAGACGCUCGGUUCCGAAAACCGACAAGAACAGGUACCAAGUCGCGUGAAUGGGAUGUCAGUUGUGGCUGCAUUUGUUCAAUCCAUCAAACUGUACGCACUUGUGGGAUUAAUCUUGCAGACCGUGUAUCAAAACAACAUUCAAACCAAGGAGAUUCUUCCAAGCUCAAAAGUGUUUCAGAACAUUAUGGCGAUCGAACCGCAACUAACAGCAUGGAAGGCCGAAUUACCUUCUCACAUUCGGCUCCAAACUCGGGAUACCAUGAUCGAGGCCACGAAUCCCGCAGUGUCGGAUGCGCCCAUAGACAUUACAAUGAGUCUCGUGUUAACCCUGCGAUUUCUCCACACGCGCAUGCUGCUUCACCGAAGGAUGCUGGUCUGCUUUCUUCAAAAUGGGAGAUCGACCGCGGAUACCGAUGGUGAAUGGAACUUCUUGAUGAAUUUUGGUAAGGCUAGUGUUGAAAUGUGCUUGUCCGCAGCCCUCGACAUCCUCGAUAUCCUCAAAAGCAACUCUCCAUCGCCGACGAAGUCCCCAGUGCUGACGACCUGGUGGUUUCAAAUUUAUUACGCUUUCUCCGCUGCCCUGGUCAUCUUCGCCGUCAUGAUCCUCAGCAUGAAGCACAACAUCAGAAUUCUCCAUCUUGAGCCCCAGGAUUUCCUCAAACACAUCCAAGAUGCAUCUCAGACAAUCACGAAAGCGAGUAGUGACUCGCGUAUUGGCAAUCGAUGCCGGAAAUGCCUUGAGCGUCUCUUGCAAUUUGCGUCCACAUUCCAGAGCGCUGGUGGCAUGCAAACUGCCAGUGAUGCAUGUGCGUUCCCAGCCGCCAGUAACCUCGCUGAUCUCGACUUUCUCGGAAAUCUGCCAUUCGCUUGGGACGAUCAAUUUAUUACUCAAGGAGACAGUAUCGAAUUCUUUUAA